AUGACAGUAAAAGGUGGCACAAGUCAAGCUUGUGCUGCAUGUAAGUAUCAACGCCGGAGAUGCUCACCAGAGUGUGCCUUGGCGCCAUAUUUUCCGGCUAACCACCCGAAGAUGUUCCAAAACGCUCACCGGCUUUAUGGUGUCUGCAACAUCAUGAAGAUUCUAAGGCAAUCGAAUGAUGAUGAACAAAAAGAGGAGGCUAUGAAAUCUAUCAUAUAUGAGUCCAAUAUGCGAGAGAAGUUUCCAGUUCAUGGGUGCUGUGGAAUCAUACGUCAGCUUCAUUAUCAGUUGCGUCAAGCCAUUGAAGAGCUUCAAUAUGUUCAUGCACAGCUCGCAAUCUGCAGAGAAAAAUGCUUCACCCAAGUCCCUUCCAGUCCACAUUUUUCUCCGUCGUCGGAGUUACAACUAGGCCUUAAUCCGACCGGUACAGACGCCGUGCCGGUUUUUCAACAUUAUUCUGCAGGCAAUGAAAUGCCAUUUGCGAUGAAUGAUUUUCUGACAAACGAGAAUGAUGGUGUUUAUGUUGAAUUGAGUGAUAAUAUUAUGGGUAGUAGUAGUAGCAGACCUAAUUUCUUGGUUAUGGAACCUUAUUAUGAAGAUCAAAUGAUGCAGAACAAUUUGGCAGACAAUCAAGCUCAAUGGGUUGCAAAUUCACAUGCAUUUCGGUUUAAACCAGAAUCAGGAAUUUCUCGAGAUUAUGAUGGAAUGCCUGCUGUUGAAACAAUUGCUGAUGAUAGACAAUCUUACAUUGAAUCCGAAGAAGCCUGUGAAUCGAGUUCGGAGUCAUCGUUGAAGGAUGCAACACAAUCAAUGAUUGAAGAUGUUAAGACCGGCAGU